CAAAACAGUGUUCUACCAUUGUCGCCUUUGGACAUGUCCAGCGUUGAGAAUUGAAUUGUACAUUGUAAGUUGAGUUAGCCCCACUGUCUGAAAGGAGUGGUUGAAUCCCCCAUGAUGUCAUAUAGAAACCCAGUUGUGCAGCUGCCAAACAGAUUCCCUGUAAUACCAUCGAGAGCAAAGAGAGCUGCGGGUGGAAUAGCAAAGCAUGCAUGCAGCUGACUUUUAGGUCAACAAAAUAUCCGGAAUGGUUUAAACCAUACGCCCGAUUUAACCUUUCCAUAAAACGGCAGGUGGAUUCUUCAAAGCUGUGGGAAUCCAGAUCAGUUCAAUUCAGUUUGUUAACCUUGGGAGAACCCUGCUGUGGAGUUGGGAACCUUUUAACAGAGGAGUUGAACAUCAAAGUAAGGACAUUCUGCUUCAGAUAUACAAUACAUUGGGUUUCGCAUUUCUGGAUUUCACAGGACAGUAUUUCACACCUCUUACAUCCAGUUUGUAAUAGCUUAAGUGGAGCAGAAGUACUGGCAGGGAUUGGUUGGGAAGGGGAUGCUGAUAAGGAAACACAGGCUUCAACAAAUCAACCUUCUGGAUCUCAGGAGGCACAAGAAAAGGGAGAAAGUUAACCUGUAAGAAACCUCUUGAACUAACGGGUGCUGCUCAACAGUUUUGGUGUUUCCUAAAGUCAUCAGAGUUUGUUCACAGAGUUUAAGAAAUUGAAAUAUGUGUUCCUUAGAAGACUGGCAAUCUGGAAAUGGACUCGUUAUGUUUUGGACUGAAUAUAUCAUUACAUGCAAAAUGGACUCGACCUUCCUCUUUCUCAAUGGUUGAAGAGAUGCUGAUUUGAAUUAUUUAAGAAAAUGUGAUUUCUGGGUCAGUUACAUCCACAAUUAGCUUUAGCAGGAUGACAGAACAGAUCAAAUAUCUGCUCGAAUUGUCAGACUUCCAUGUGUCAAUAUGUGUCAUUAUCCAAGACAGAGGAUCCUAUUGCAUUUAAGGAAAAAGAUUCAGUGAUCGAGAGAAAACUAUAGGUGCCCUGAUCAAAGCACUAUAGUCAGGAAAGCUGAAAUGGUUUUCUUUUGAUUUUUGCAAGUGACCAGAAACAGUGUUUUACUGAUGCUUGUGAGCACUCAGUGCUGUUCACCUGAAUGUGUGUCAACCGGACUGUCUUUAAUCAAAAUGUAGUGGAAAGGAUAGGACUUUUGUAAUAUAACUGACCUGCUUGGAGCUUGCAGUAGUUGUUUGUAAAGAUUUGCUGUAUAAUAGUUUGUGUUGUAAGAUUUGUUCUUGGAUUACUUAAACAUCAAAGUCACCAAGCAAUUGCAUUAAGUUUCACAAGGAGACAGCCUGUGGGCACAUUCACGUCUUUGUAGCUUGCCAUAUUUAUAAUUUAGUUCCGUUUAGCAGUGUCUGUUAAAAGCUAAGCAUUCCCAGAGGCACGAUACCCAGUGCAGUUUAUUCAAUUCAAUACAAUCGUUUAUGAUACCUGUGAAAUAUUCACUCUUCUUCAGCACCGACGUUUUGGGAAAGACAAAAUGUAUCUUGAAAGAACAUUAUGAAUUUUAAUCAUAACCAGUUCAAAUAUUAAGGAAAGUAAUGAUCUUAACUUGAAACAUUUGCAUGUGUAUUUACAGUUGCUUUAAUUUCACAGAAUUAGCCCUUUAAUUAAUAUUAACACAUAUAUAUAUAUGCUUUCAGUGGAAUGCCUCCCAACAAUAUAUUCCUACAUCUAUAUUGUGCUAUUUACAUCUUUGGUCCAACGCUAUGAACUGUCUUUCUCAUCACAUCCUAAUUGUGAAUAAAUAUAUUGAUUGGACAGCGUUUUAAUCAAGUUCCUUACUAUUUCUAUACCUAAUCUUUCUGCCAGUUGUGAUCUUUUUACUGCAUCAGUUGUCACAGAAAGGUUUUAAAAAAAGAGUUGCUCUUCCAACAAACUGACAGUGACAAAAUGUUCAGCAUUUUUUCAGACUUUAACCGAGAAUGAACUUUUCCAGAGUCUAAUUAAACAUUGUGUACUUUUGGAGCUUUGUAAACCUUUGAUACAUUUUGUGUAUUUAUUUUGUAUCGGUCAAUCAUUCAAGAUUCUAAAAUAUAACUUUACUAAAGUAUUGGUAAAGAUGAACCACGUUUGCUGUCUACAAUUUUAAACAAAGCAAUUAAUCUUGCAGUUAUAUUGUGAAAUUAUGAGUAUGACAAAACAGUACUAAUUGUUCUAAAAGCAUUUCUAAUUGUUGAGUCCAACUUUGCUAAUAUCUGUGGUCUAAAUAAAGCUUGGCACUGUUAUCUAAAUAAUCAUUGUUAAAAUUUGAAGAUGAAGCUUUAUUUUGGGCCUUUUAAAGUAUAUACUUAUUUGGCAAGAAGUGAGCCAGCAGAGUAUAUAAUUUCAAGGAAUUAUGUAUUCUUCAGCUUAAUUAAGAACCUAUUCAAGUCAAAGUAUACCUUCAUGUGCAUUGUUUGUCAUUAUUGAACUCUGCAUCUUUUUUGAUUUCUCCCAUGUAAUACUGCAAUGUAUCAAUAUUAUCAUUCUGUCCAUUUGAAACAAUUUCAAUGUCCAAUAUCAUUUUAAUGGGCCUUCACGCUUUUAAAUCUUCAACUUCUCCUUUUGAAAAAUUUUUUUGUGAUUGUGCAUCAGAAAAAAUGGAAAAUAUUUUUAGGAAUCUUUCAAGCGCAUGCUCAUUUUAAUUCAAACCCUCUUUUAACAAGAUCAGGAUUGGUCAGUGGGGAUCAUGUUAACUUGGAGCAAAAAUGGUUGAUAUUGGACCAGCUGCCCAUCUUACAAUAGAAAUGAAAAUCAGGAGAACUGCCUAAGGCAGCUGCUUCAGUGUUAUCCAUUUUACACCAAAGUUAUUGUGACUCAAGGUGUGUCUUACAGAAUUUGACAAACUUAUUUCCUACGAAAAGAGGAAAAAGAACAGUGAAGAAAGCAAUGAUGGCUAGAAAGGGUCUUUGCAAAUAGCAGUGAUCAGCUGUUGGUGAGUAUAUGUGUGGUAUUCUGUGUUCAUUUUCAUGAAAUAAAAUUGCAACUUGUGCUUAUA